UUUUUUUUUCUUUUUCCUUUAACAAUGUACUUUCGUUAUAUUAUUAUUCUCCUUCUUAUUCAAUUUCUAUUUCAAACAAUCUUGUCUCACAGAGAAUAUCAUCACAAUAUUAAAUUACGAACACUUCAUAAACACAAUAAAGAAAUCAUCAACAAUAAUGAAAAUAAUCAUCUUCAAAAUGAUUCUGAAUUAAAUUCAUCAACAAAUAUUUGUGGCAAAUUAUGUUUCGCAUGUUUUACUUUGAUGAUAUUAUUUUAUUUAUUUAUGGCCGGUUAUAUUUUUAAAUAUUUUUGGAAAAAGAGAUUUACUACAAGAAAAAGUAGAGAAAUACGUUUUGGUUUAAAUAAUGAACUGAGAAUGUAUCCUCAGUUUUAUAAUAAUAAUAAUAAUAAUAAUAAUAGAGAAAAGAAAGGACAUAAUGAAGGAUAUAACUAUGAAGGUGAUUGGAUGGGUAAAAAGAAUGAACCAACUAUUUGCGUUAAUUUGAAUAAGGAGGAAAAUGGGAUGGUUUAAAUAAUUGUGCGCGUGAAAAUUUUAUUCAAUAAAAAUUUUUUACUGGUGAUAAACCGAUUUACUUUGAAUUUUUAAUUGGGAUUGUCGUGACUUCAUAUGAUCAAACAGUUUAUACUUCUUAAGGUAAGAUGGCG